CCUCAGUUUGCCUAUAAAGACCAACAAACACAUUAUUUUACUCUUUCUGGUCCUCUGUUGCCUUCCUUUGAACCGUUCUUAAUUUCAGUCCACGUCCACGCCUGACGCAUUCUCCUUUGUACUUUUCUCUCUUCAAUCUAACCCAACUCAAAAGAACCGAUUUUUUUCUCCUUUUUAAGAUUUUGGGUCUCCCCAAAUUUGAGUUUGAAAGAAGAAUUUUGUUGAUUGAAGAUCAAAAAAGAGAUGCAGGAAUGGUUAGAAAUUCUAUGUGUAGCAGCAGCAAUCGGGGCUCUGGUAAUCAUCAUAAUUCUGAUCGUCGUACGAUGUUGCUGCUGUAGAAGAAAGAGGAAAGAAAGGGUUGAAAUGAUUGAGGAAAUUAGCACAGCUCGUGAAAGGUUGCGACCCGGAACACCAAAGCUUCACCAUGUGAGCCUUCAUCAUCUCGAUCGAGAUGGAAGUAAGAAAACGAAUUACUUCGUUUUCCGACGUGGGCAAUCGCCGGCGGCGCCGAUUUUCGCCUGGAGUGAGAAUCCUUCCCUUGUAACUGAUGCCGUCGAGAAUGGAUGGUCGAGAUUUGCUUUCACGGGUUAUACUUCAUCUCAAUCGGUUCGAUCAGCGAAAGCUCUGUUCAGUCCAUGUGCCACCGGCGAUCAGGAUAGAUCAAUUGAUGUGGAAAUCAGUUGGGAAGUUUGCCCGGGAUCGGCUGAUUUCAUGCAGAAAAUCAGGCUUAAUUCUGGGUUGAAAAGGGUUCCGAGUUCAGGCAUCGUCAUCAGUAAUUCAAUGGCAGCAAAAUCGGUGGUGAAGACUGCUCUGCCGCUACCCGGUCCGCCGUUGGGUGGUGCUAGUAAUUCAUCAGCUUUCCCACAAGAAGCCUAUUUUGAGAUCAUAGUUUUACCGUCCGGCGGAAAUGAUUACGACCCGGUUGUUGACAGGGUUAGGAGAGAUGGUAAAUUGGAAAGUGAUAAAGUAAAACUUAUUCAAGAAGAUUUCAACGCAAAAGUGAAUCCAGAGACUUUAAUCCAUGUUACAAGUGCGCAUGGAAUUGGAAACGGCAAUGGAAAGCUAGAGGAAUUUAAGCUUGUCGGGAAAGAUGAUGGUAAAAUUGGUGGCGCCGUGCUAUCAGUGGGACUAGCUGUCGGAGGCCCUCCUCCGUUAAAGUUUCCGGGCAGUUUUCCGGGAUCCAUCGGUUUCAAUUCAAAUGGUUCCGUUUUUCUUGAUGGAAUCAAACUGGUGUUCGAGUCCGAAAAUGGUGAAUGGGGAAGACCCGAUUCAGUGAUCGGUUGUGGAUACAAUCCAACCCAGAAAAAGGUUUUCUUUACUGUGAAUUCAUUCCUUGUGCAUGAAAUCCACUGCAAAUCAGAAGAAUUUGGAGCUCCAUUGUACCCAACAUUGGCUGCAAACAGUGACGUUACAGUUCUAGUAAAUCUUGGACAAUGUGCCUUCAAAUAUGCACCAGCAAACUCUCAGAGAACUCCGAAUCCAUGCUUCAUUGGCCCUCUUACAAGUUCUCCUGUAAUUGGAUACGAUGACAGCAGAGAACUCUUCUCAAUGGGAAGAAUCGACGCUCAAUGGCUCGCCAGAAGCACGACCAAAAGCAGUAACACUCCUAAUAACAACAUUAUUAACAGGGGGGGAGUUGAAUUCGACGAAGAAUCCGAAGGCGAUUUGUUCGAAAUCGUGCUAGAUAGUUCCAAGUCUCCAAUGACAACAAACACGUUGUAAAGACUAUAGCCCGGAUCAUCAGAAAUUUUGUUGGCUUGAAGAUGAAAGACAAUACUGAUAUUUUGUGUGAAUGGUAAAGAGUAGGAACAUAGAAAUAGUACUUCCUUAAUUUCGACAAUCCAGGGGGAGCAGUUUUUUGGUUCAGCACUGCUCAGCGACUUGGGAUUUUUGACUCCUUUGUGAAAGAUGUCGAUACACAAACAAAUGUUGUACUUGUACAUACCACAGUUUCUACUUACUAGUUUGCCAAUUUUUCUUGCGGUAAUGCUAUAUUGUUUAGCACAAACCAUAUUGACAAAGGUGUUGCGACAUAUCAAUGUAUUUCAUUAAUUUUAGUAGGCCUUAGUUUUCUACCAGAUCUGUGUUGCACCAAUUACGAUUGCACAUCAUGCUCUCUCUGUCUC